CUGCUCCCUCCAGCUAUGACUCACAGAGUUCUUCUGUUAACAGCCUUGGCUUUAUUAUGUCAUGGGUUCAACCUGGAUACUAAGCAUGCAACGCUAUUCCAAGAGAAUGCAGCGGGCUUCGGGCAAAGUGUGGUCCAGCUUGAGGGAUCCCGGUUGGUGGUUGGAGCCCCCCAGGAGAUAAAGGCUGCCAACCAAACAGGUGGCCUCUACCAGUGUGACUACAGCACGGGCAAGUGUGAGCCUAUCUCCCUGGAGGUCCCCCUGGAGGCGGUGAACAUGUCUCUGGGCCUGUCUCUGGCAUUUGCCACCAACCCUUUUCGACUGCUGGCCUGUGGUCCCACUGUGCACCAAACUUGUAAGGAGAACACCUAUGUGAAUGGCUUAUGCUUCCUGUUUGGAUCCAACCUACGGCAGCAGCCCCAGAGAUUCCCAGAGAGCCUCAGAGGUUGCUUGGCAGCUUUGCUGAUCUUGGCUGGGCUCUCUCCAUUUUUGAGGGUUGCCAUCUAUGUCUGUCUGCUGGACUGGAAUGACUGGAACAACUGGGGUAACUUGGCUCUGCUGCUCCCAGUGGGAGCUGCUUUCAACAGUCCAAAAACUCGUGAAGAGCUUAAUACCAUUGCAUCAAAGCCUCCUCGUGAUUAUGUGUUCCGGGUGAAUAACUUUGAAGCUCUGAAGACCAUUCAAAACCAGCUUCAGGAAAAGAUCUUUGCAAUUGAGGGUACUCAGACAGGAAGUACCAGCUCCUUUGAACAUGAGAUGUCUCAGGAAGGCUUCAGUGCUGCCAUCACCUCUAAUGAUCUCUUGCUAGGUGCUGUGGGAAGCUUUGACUGGGCUGGUGGAGCUUUUCUGUAUGUGUCAAAGGACAAAUUCACCUUCAUCAACACAACCAGGGUAGAUUCAGACAUGAAUGAUGCUUACUUGGGUUAUGCUGCCGAAGUCAUAUGGAGGAGCAGGGUGCAAAAUCUGGUUCUUGGGGCACCUCGAUAUCAGCACACUGGCCUGGUGGUGAUGUUUAGAGAGAAUGCUGGUACCUGGGAGACCAACACUGUUAUCAAGGGUAGCCAGAUUGGCUCCUACUUUGGGGCCUCCCUCUGCUCUGUGGACAUGGACAAAGAUGGCAGCUCUGACCUGGUCCUUAUUGGGGCCCCCCAUUACUACGAGCCGACAAGGGGGGGCCAGGUGUCUGUGUGCCCCUUGCCUCGGGGGAGGGCUAGAUGGCAGUGUGAGACUGUUCUCCAUGGGGUGCAGGGCCACCCCUGGGGCCGCUUUGGGGCAGCCCUGACAGCGCUGGGAGAUGUGAAUGGAGACAAGCUGACAGAUGUGGCCAUUGGGGCCCCAGGAGAGCAGGAGAACCGGGGUGCUGUUUACCUAUUUCAUGGAACCUCAAGACCGGGCAUUAGCCCUUCCCACAGCCAGCGGAUUGAAGGCUCCCAGCUCUCCCCCACACUACAAUAUUUUGGUCAGUCACUGAGUGGGGGCCAGGACCUCACAAUGGAUGGACUGGUGGACCUGGCUAUAGGAGCUCAAGGCCAUGUACUGCUGCUUAGAUCCCAGCCUGUGUUGAGACUUGAGGUGACCAUGGAGUUCACACCCAAAGAAGUGGCAAGGAAUGUGUUUGAAUGUCGUGCAAAGGUGGUGAAAGGUCAGACUGCUGGGGAGGUUAGAGUUUGCCUUCGUGUCCACAAGAAUACACGGGACAGGCUAAGAGAAGGAGAGAUUCAGAGCAACAUCACAUAUGACUUGGCUCUGGAGCCAACUCUCCCACAUCCCCGAGUUGUCUUUGAUGAGACAAAGAACAGCACACGCAGACAGACAAGAAUCUUGAAGCUGAAUCAAGAAUGUGAGACCCUAAAGCUACUGUUACCGUAUUGUGUAGAGGAUUCAGUGAACCCCAUCAUCCUGCACUUCAACUUCUCUCUGGUGGGGAAACCCUUGUCCUUAUUCGGGAACCUCCAGCCAGUGCUGGCUGUGGAUGCUCAGAGACUCUUCACAGCUUCGUUUCCUUUUGAGCAGAAUUGUGGCAGUGACAACAUUUGCCAUGAUGACCUCAGCAUCACCUUCACUUUUAUGGGUCUGGAUACCCUUGUGGUGGGUGGUCCCCGAGACCUGAAUGUGACAUUGACUGUGAGAAACCAGGGCGAGGACUCCUACAGGACUCAAGUUACCUUCUUCUACCCACCUGGCCUGUCCUAUAGGAGGAUGUCAGUGACCCAGAAGCAGCGCUCACAGCGACCAUGGCGCCUGACUUGUGAGUCUGAAGACUCCACCAAUGGGCCCGAAGCUUUGAAGAAUAGCAGCUGCAACAUAAGCCACCCCAUCUUCCCAAACUACUCAGAGAUCACCUUUAAUAUCACAUUUGGUGUGGAAUCUGAUGCUUUCUUUGGAAACAGACUACUACUCAAGGCCAAUGUGACCAGUGAGAACAACACAACUAAGACCAACAAAACUGAAUUCCAACUGGAGUUGCCUGUGAAAUACACUGUCUUCGUGGUGGUCACCAGCCAUGAAGUCUCCACCAAAUAUCUCAGCUUCAUAGCCUCAGAGAAGACCAGCCACAGUAUAAAGCACCAGUAUGAGGUCAACAACUUGGGACAGAGGAGCCUCCCCAUCAUUGUGGUCUUCUGGGUGCCUAUCAAGCUGAACCAGGUGGCUGUGUGGGACAACCUCCAGGUCACCCUUUCCCAGAACCUCUCCAGAACAUGCAACACCACGGAGAAUUCUCCCCCUCUCUCUGACUUCAUGGCAGAGCUUAAGAGGGCCCCAGUGGUGAACUGCUCCAUUGCUGUCUGCCAGAGAAUCCAGUGUGACAUCCCAUCCUUCAGCAUCCAGGAAAAAGUCAACAUUACCCUCCAAGGCAAACUCUCAUUUGACUGGUAUAUCAAGACUUCAGCAAACUACCUUCAGGUUGUGACCAUGGCAGAGGUCUUGUAUGAUGAUUCGAAGUUUGCCCUGCUUCCAGGACAGGAGGCAUUUCUGAGGGCCCAGAUAGAAACCAAAGUGGAGCCAAAUGAAGUGCACAACCCUGUACCACUUAUAGUGGGCAGCUCAGUGGGGGGGCUGGUGCUUCUGGCCCUCAUCACCGCUGGACUGUACAAGCUUGGCUUCUUCAAACGGCAGUACAAGGACAUGAUGAGUGAAGCUGGUCCCAAUGCCCAGCCCCAGUAA